GUAACCCGACCUCGGCCCACUUCCGCUCAUUCCUCAACAACAAUGAGCGACGUCUGGCACGGCGACAUUUCGCUGCCAGAUAACCAGAUAAUCAAAGAUAUUGGUUUCGAGUCGCAACAUGCUGCAUCGGUCCCUGUCAUUCCAACCACCUCUCUACGUUUCCUCGCGACGGUCGACACCGCAUGUAUACCUUUAUACCUCGCCGUAGGUCCUAGCUUGGAUGUCUGGACCACAAGUGAUGAGACUCAAGAAUGGUUCGCGUCAAUCCUCCUGAGCAAACUGCCUGCCACGCCGAGCUCGCAUACCGAAAGUUCAGAGAGAGAAUGGUGGGCGCACACAAGGGCCCAGUCACCAGUCGGCAUACUCGUUGAGGUAAAAGAGAAAGGUCCAGAUGGUGAGGAUGGUUUAGGCGGGUCCAAGGUAACAGAGAUAUUGUUCUACGGUACAAUUGCUUCACCAGUAAAGCGCUUGUUGCCCACACCGCCGUCAUCGUCCCCCGACGACCCUUACGCUCAGGCUGAACUGCUUCCGGAAUUGAGGGUGCACGCUCUACCGUUGUCCUCGGAUCUACUGUACCAAAGCACGCUGGAGUCUUCCGAGCUGCUUCCAGAAGGUCAGCCCCGAUUCAUUCGUUCGUCGCACAGUGUCGACAGUGCUCCUACCUCCCCGAAACGCAAGAGAGAUGUGUUUGACGAGGCUGCAAAGAGGCGGAAAAAAGCUAGGCAGAUUGGCGGUGAGGGAGUCGCUGCCGUUGCUGCGCAAGUACAAGAUACAGGAAAACCAUACACUCAUCGGAAGUCACUUUCGAUCGAUACCAAGGGCAUUCCUAUACCCGAUCCAAGACCUAAUUCUGCUCACGGUGCUCACCCCUCACCUCGCAUUCUUUCACGUUCACCCAGUAUAUCAUCCAUCGCACGACCUGCGAGUAGAAAAGGCGUUCCAGAUGGCCACUCUAAACGAUCCAACCUAUCUCAUGUCGCUACUGUACCGUCUCAACCUGAAGAGCCCACGACGGAAUCCCGGAACAAAGAGGCUCUUUCCAGGGUAGUUAUGGCAGCUAUGCGAAUGCAUGGCUUGCAACAAAGGAAGACGACCAGGUCACGCAGAAAUUCAAUGGCCCCAGACGGAGAACAAGGCCAGCUGACUGAAGAGGCUGCCGCUGAAGAAGCCGCAAAAGACGAGGAGUAUAAGCUGAUCUAUCACCAAACAUACAAAGGUGCAGCUCUUGCGUUGCGAAAGCAUAUUUCGACCAAACCUCUACAUGCACAACCAGAGCGGCUGGGUGAUAUUGUGGAAAAGUUUCUUGCAAUAUUCUGUACGGAUCCGCUCUCACAGCCGCUACCCAGUGAGAUCACAUCGGAUCCAAUGGCCACGCCUGGAAGCAAAGACAAGCUUGGUAUCCCAAACUCGACGCAUAAUCGAGCAAGCCCCUUCGAUCUGCCUAGUGCCUCGAGGGCUAAACUUAAUAGAUCAGUCUCCGAACAGCAUAUUAGCCACGGAUCGCCCGUGAGCAAGAGGGGGGACAAUAAUGGUCGCGAUAGAACUAGUGCAUUCCAUUUGGCAGGUGCAUAG